AUGCUCCGCCAAGCCGCUCAAGGAGCUCGGUGGUAUCAACACGUGACCCGCAGAAGCUCGUCGAUUCCAUCUCUUCCUUUGCCACGGACACCUCCGGUCAUAACACGGCGCUCUGUUCACUAUGGCGGCCCUGACGAUAAGGUUCGCUUCUACGAGCAAGUUACCCCGGGAAGCAAGACAAGGAGGAAAGUUAACCCCGAGGCGGAAGAGAACGUCGAGCGGGAGGAAGUGGAAGAGAAGCUCUCUAGGGUUAAACAGGAACUGCGGAUCCUAGAAGAGGGUCCCUUUGGUCCCAAUAGCGAGUUUAUGAAGAGCUUGCCCGACAAGGACCGGGUCAUUGCUCUUGAGGCGUUACGGAAACAUGCGGUGCAAAGAGGCCAACAAGAUACCGACGGUGGACUUGACCAAGUAUUCGACGAUGAAUUGGAUGAGAUAUUGCGGGAAGAGUUUGAGGGAUUUGCGGAGGAGGAAGAAAAUUGGCAAGCGCACAGGGAAGACGGCGAGGACGAAAAGCCAGUAGUCACAAGGCCUUAUGAGGUGAUGCUGCCCGAUGAAGAGAGUCAUUCCUAUGUCGAUAGAUUCAAUGAACGCCUACAGCAGUUCGCGCACAACAAAUCAAACGAACCGUUGAGACAGGAGUUAUGGAAAUGGUACCGCCGUUGCAAACAAGUGGUUCCGGGAUUCUUAGAGGCGAUGCCGGAGGAAGCUAGGUAUUUAGUAUGGGAUUCCCAGGUCUCUGGUCAGAUCGCGAAAGAUACGCGAGCAGCGCAUUUGCAGGCUUUGGCCGAAGAUGCAGCGAUAACCGGAAAGAACAUGACUACCCCUCAUACUAUUUCAUAUAUCACAUCGCUUCACGAGAGUGGCAAAACGAAUCAGGCCUUGGACCAGUGGGAGACAUACCAGAAUGAGCUGAGCCAGCGGAAGGAGGAUUUGGAAGCAUACUGGAAACUCGGGGUGCGUCUUUUCGCAGCGGAGGAUAACCCUCAAAGGGCCCAGGACAUUGCUUUGGCUUUUCUGGCAAAUGAUCAGACUCGCCAGCCUCGCAUUCUCAAACCCGUUAUCGUGGCUUGGGGACGACAGCCUGAGAAGGAAGCGGGGAUAAAAGCUUGGACGCUAUACUUGCAGCUAAAGAUUUUCCUCGGCCCUGAUAUGACCAUGGAAGACUACGAUCAUAUCAGCAUUGGUCUUCUCAAGGCAGGUCGAUUUGAGCUUGCUAUCGCUGUCUUCAAGGAUAUGAUGGUGACGGGCAAAGAUCCAGCAGACGAUUCGACUGCACUGUACAAAGCUGCCAUAGGAUUUGCAGGCAACUUGCAUGCAUCCAGCAUUAAUGAGCGACAAGUCAACAGAGUGUCACUGUCUACAUUGACCUUGAUACCUCGACGGUUCCAAAAUCGCUUUUUCUACGCCAGUUGGAUAAAGAAACUCAUCGGUAUGGGAGAAGUGGACUCCGCGGCAUCAGUCAUCGAACUGAUGUACGAACGAGGCGUGAAGCCGGAUUCAAAACACCUCAACGGUCUCAUGGCAGCCUGGCUCCGCGAUGGAAGCCCAUCAGCUAGGACAAGAGCUGAGAGCUUAGCAUGGGCCAUGAUCCAACAACGGAUUGAUCUAGUAUGGGAUCGUGAGGGAACUCCCGGACAGGCACCGCGGUUAUCGUUGGGCCAGCAGACGGAUCCUCGGAUCCGUGUACCCAAAUGGAUGCAACGAACAGUGCCACCGGGCAACAUCGAGACAUUCUCGAUCCUUCUCCUUCACUACACCCGCAAAGGCGACAACGACAUGACGGACUACCUGAUCAAACGUCUGGAGGACUCACGAAUCAAACCGAAUUCGUACUUCAUGAACCACCUGCUAUACGCGGAGCUACGAAGACAGGACCUCCGUUCCCUCUGGCACAAGUUCCGAACCAUGUCCGCCACCAUCCAACCCGAUCUAGAAACCUACGCCUGCCUCUGGGACUGCGGAAAGCUUCAAUACGACCGCGGCCGCACGGCAUUCGAAACAAACUUCCCAACCGCCCGCCAGCUCUUCGCAGAAAUGGUCGCAUGGUACACCAGCCUCUCACCACGCGCCAAAUCCACGACGCAGGAUGAAUUUUCCAAAGAUUUCUACAACCAAAUCAUCCGCUGCUUCUGCUUCUCCAAGGAUCUUCCCGGCACGCUAGUGGCCAUGCAUACUCUCCGAACAAUCUUCAACGUCUACCCCGAUGACAUAACAGCACGUCUGAUCAUCCUCCAAGUCUCCCGUCUAGCCAGCGUACCAGCCGACACACCCAAACGCCGUCUCCGCCGCCUGUCGAGCACACCGCGCAGUAGAGAAAAUAUAAGUCAAGUCCAGCGCCUCGUCGAUAUCCUUAGUCAACGGAAAGCCGCUGAGCUUGAGGAGAAGGGUCUGAGUCUCUCGAACAUGGACCCGCACGAACACAACGAGUGUCAACUGGAGAUCAUGGCUGAUUUGCUGCGAAUUGUUAUGGGGCGUAUGGGCGAGCAGAGUCAGGUGGAAGGUCAGGUUUUGAGUGUUGCUGGUGAGAUGGGUGCUUCGGAUGUUGAUCUUGGGACGCCGUUGGGGGAGGAGAGUAGGUCUCUUCUGUGA